AUGAUGGUUUUGGACACCAUGCUGGGCCAGAGCUCCUGCCUCUCAGGCAGCUCCAGCACAUGCGCCUACCGCUGCUUCUACAACUCCGAUGACGACAAGUGCGGGCCAGCCGCCUUUUGCAUGGAAGUUGCCGAAGGUGAGAUGCCCAGUCCACUCGCCCCCUUCGGUGACCAGCAGAAAUGCAAAGCAGUUGGUGGCAGCAGCCACGAGGCAGCCGAUGAAGCACUUGCCAGUGAAGCUAUCCCUGCAUUGAAGUCCAUGGCCCUGGAUGUUGCCCAGAGGUUGGAAGACAUGGACGCAGUGUCGGCUUCAAGCGCCGGCCUGACGACCAUGAAGCAGACUGCACAGCUCUGGGCGGAAGCCGCGGAAGUGCUCCAAGUCUUGGAGACGCUUCCGGCAAGGACAGAUGCCGGGAAGUUCGCAGCAGCACAGCGCCGAGGGAGCAAAACGGACAUAAAGCAUUGGCGCCGUCGCAAGGAUCGCUUGACGACUGCGGAAUACAACGCCGCGAAAGAGAAGCCCAUUGAAUUUCUCCAAGACUCCACUGAGUUCUCCGUGGCUGCAAAGCCGCACUCUGUUCUCGUAAGCUUCGUGCUGAAGCGCCCCAGAAUAAUGAUCGAGACAGCGAAGAUGCAGUCCAAAGACCAGUGUUUGCUGAAGGACGGAACAAAGGAUGAGAAGAACCAGCUGGAAGAAUUCGUAAAGUAUUUCUUGAAUGUGCCUGGUUACAACCGCGGAGAUCUUGAUGGCCAAACGCUGAGCUUGCCAGAGCACUGCCAAGAGUACCUCAGGACGCGCGGUGAUACCCCCACGGCAGAUCUGCUAAGCAAAGCAGACCAGGCGAAGCAGUACAUGAAGGAGGAGGUCGCCUAA